UUCGAGUGUCAGUUCCUCAACGGCACCGAGCGGGUGAGGCUUGUGGAGAGGAAAAUCCACAACCGGCAGCAGUAUGUGCACUUCGACAGCGACGUGGGGCUCUAUGAGGCCGACACCCCCCUGGGCGAGCCUGAUGCCAAGUACUGGAACAGCCAGACGGACUUCCUGGAGCAGAGACGGGCUGCUGUGGACACGUACUGCCGACACAACUACGGGGUGGCGACCCCUUUCACUGUGGAGAGGAGAGGUGAGCGCGUGGCAGAACAUCUCCCCGGGGGACGGGC